CAUUUCUCUACCUACAUAGCGAGCAAAACAAAACUUCCUCUCAAGCUCUACAAAUAAUUAAGAUACUAGGAAAAAAAUGGGGAGAGCUCCAUGUUGUGAUAAGGCAAAUGUGAAGAGAGGGCCAUGGUCUCCUGAAGAAGAUGCUAAGCUCAAAGACUUCAUUCACAAAUAUGGUACUGCUGGAAAUUGGAUUGCACUUCCUCAAAAAGCUGGACUAAGGAGAUGUGGGAAGAGUUGUAGAUUGAGAUGGCUAAAUUAUCUAAGGCCUAAUAUCAAGCAUGGUGAUUUUUCUGAUGCUGAAGAUAGAGUUAUAUGCAGCUUGUAUGCCAACAUUGGAAGCAGGUGGUCAAUAAUAGCAGGACAAUUGCCAGGGAGGACUGAUAAUGAUAUCAAAAACUACUGGAAUACUAAGCUUAAGAAGAAGUUCAUGGGAUUAUUACCUUCUUCUAACCAAAGAAAAUCACCAUGUUUUCCAGCUGAACCCCAGACAAAUUCAACUCUUUUUAGAGACUCAUAUUACACCACAAAAUUAUCCCAGUCUAUUUUUACUUCCCAGCCAAAUAUUUUGUACACCAACAAUAAGAUGAAUUUUCCUAAUUUGGGUGCUACAAAUCAUCAAUAUGCUAGUAAUUAUUUUCAAAGUCAUCAAGAUAGCUUGAUGAAUCCCAUGCAUUGUCACCCACCAUUGAACGAUAAUGUAUUCAUGUUUGGAGAAGCAAGUUGUUCUUCAUCAGAUGGAACUAACAAAGAAAUAAAGAUAGAGGAGAAUAAUAUGGGUGAUUAUUUACAAGGUCAAAUUUCAAGUACUGCUCCUUUUGAAGAAAUCCAGGACUUCAUUCUUGAUUAUGGCUAUUAUGGUUGUGGUCCCAUCAUGUAAUUAGCACUUGGUUGAUUAACGUGUUUAUGCAAGUAUUGAAAAUGGGAAACUUACAUAAAUGUACCUUUGUCCAACUAGUUUAUUAACAUGGUCGAAGUAUACACUAUAUAUACAUUUCGGUUGUAUAUGUAUAUUAUAUGUAUAGGUAUGUAUAAUAUAUGUAUAUUUCAUAUAAAGU